AAUCCCGGAUAGACCAAAGGAGAAUGAAAAGAAGAGACGCCUCCCAAAAAGGGGGCCCCGGACCCCAAGUCCAUGAUGACAGACCCCAAAGGUCCAAGCCUCAGAGCAGGUCUCCUAAGCCUGGCCUCUUGUCCCGUGGGUUGUUUUACCUGAAGAUAUUCGCAUUAAUCCUUGGCACCGUUUACAUAAGUGUCCCGUUUAUCAUCAGACUCUUCCCUGCGCUGUUGGGCAAGGUGGUUUACCUGAAUAUGGUAAAGGUUCCGCUGUUUGUGGACUUGAAGAAUCCGGGAGAACUCCUGAAUCACACCGUAAACUUCUAUCUCACAACAGAAGAAGGAGUAAGUGUGGGAAUCUGGCAUACGGUGCCCGUCAGCAGGGAUAAGGAUGCGAAAGGCAAGGACCAGCGCUGGUAUGAGAGGGCACUGUCAGACGACAACCCAGUCAUCAUUUAUCUCCAUGGAAAUGGAGGAACCAGGGCCGUCGAUCACAGACUCCAGCUCAUGAAGGUCCUCAGCAAAGCCGGCUUCCACGUGUUGUCUCUGGACUACAGAGGUUAUGCUGACUCCACCGGCGUGCCCACCGAGGAGGGGGUGACCACUGACUCUGUCUUCUUGUAUGAAUGGGUUAAGGCCCGAAGCCAUGGAAACCCGGUGUGUCUCUGGGGACACUCUCUUGGUACCGGCAUAGCCACAAACGCAGCCAGAAAACUACAAGAGAAAGGUAACCCGGCUGACUGCGUGAUACUGGAAGCGCCAUACACCAACAUCCGAGACGCCGGCGCAUUUCACCCCUUCGGGAAGAUUUAUCACAUUUUCCCAGGAUUCGAAUACUUCUUCCUGGACACCAUGGCGCUGGAUAAUAUCGUGUUCCCCAAUGACGAGAAUAUUAAGAUGCUGAGUGCCCCCCUUCUGAUCCUGCACGCAGAGGAUGACCACGUGGUGCCCUCCUCGAUGGGGAGAGAGCUCCAUGAAAUUGCCAUAAACUCUCGUCACCGCAGAGGAGUGAAGCUGGUCCUAUACCCUCCGGAGCUGGGCUACAAACACAAGUAUAUUUAUAAAGACCCCCGACUGCCAGAGACGCUGUGGAAUUUCCUGAACUCCAUCUGAAGUUGACCCAGAACCAGGACUGUGCAAAUGAGGAAUAUAAAUAUUUUGUUACAAUGUUA